AUGGAUCGAGUUGAAACGGCCAAGACCGAAACUUAUGAGGAAACCGGAACGGAUAACAAGACAAACUCUGGGGACGAAGGUGACAUUGCGACACAAUCGAUACGAGAAAAGGAGGCUUUAAACACAACCACCAAGUCGAUCGGUAUUAGGAGAGCUGAAAUUUUACAAUUGCAAUACCAGAGUCCAGUCAUGAGGGUAAUCUUUUUUAUCAGCAUCUUUUUGCUUGCAUACGGGUAUGGAUUGGACUCAACCGUGAGAGGAAACUUGCAGUACUACGCAACUUCUUCAUACCUGCAGCACUCAUUGUUCACCACUGUCAAUGUCAUGCAAUCGGUGAUUAGCGCAGCAGCGCAACCAUUUUACGCUAGGUUAUCUGACAACUUUGGGCGAUUGGAGUUGUGUUUGUUUGCAAUUGUCUUUUAUUCCAUGGGGACUGUGAUUAUGUCCCAAGCUUAUGACAUAAAUAGAUUUGCUGGCGGCUCAGUCAUCUACCAAAUAGGUUUCACCGGAGUCAUGAUUAUGUUGCAAAUUAUUUUGGCUGAUUUUUCAAAUUUGAACUGGCGUUUGCUAUGUUCAUUCAUACCAGCAUUGCCGUUUAUCAUCAACACUUGGGUUGGUGGUGUUGUUGUAGCUUCUGUUUUGGCCCACUAUUCGUGGAAUUGGGGCAUUGCUAGAAAGACACAAGAAUGGCAGGAGUUGGCCGAAGAGUAUAGCAACCAGAAGCAUCCCAAAACCACUUUACGUUAUUGGGGAGCAUUAGGGAGAGACUUGUUUUGGGACUUGGAUGUGAUAGGGCUACUCAAUGUGAUAAUCAUCUUGGGAUUCAUUUUGGUGCCAUUUACCCUUGCUGGAGGCGCCACUUCGAAGUGGGCAAGAGCGUCAACAAUUGUUCCUUUGGUCAUUGGUGUGGUGUUCAUCCCCAUUUUUGUCAUAUGGGAAGCAAAAUUUGCCAGAUCCCCAAUUAUGCCGCUACCUUUGAUGAAAGAUCGUGGUGUCUGGGCAGCAUUGUUGGUUGCUGUCUUUAUCAACUGGAUUUGGUACAUGCCCAAUGACUUUAUGUAUACCGUUUUGAUUGUUGGUAUGAAUGCUAGCGUUAAAGCAGCUACGAGGAUUACGUCAUUGUAUUCAUUCGUGUCAGUUAUCGUGGGACCAAUCUUGGGAUUGGUUGUAGUUCGUGUUCGAAGAUUGAAAGGGUUCAUCAUUUUUGGAUGUGUUUGCUGGGCCGUAAGUUUGGGAAUCUUGUUACAUUUUCGUGGAGCCAAUGAUGGAGUGGAGAGCCAAAAGUAUCUUAAUGGUGUGAUAGGUGGAUUGUGCUUGAUGGGUUUUGGAGCAGGAUUUUUCACUUAUUCCACACAAGUCAGUAUCAGCACUGUUACUAAUCAUGAGUACAUGAGUGUUAUCAUUUCAGUUUACUUGGCCAGCUACUGGAUUGGUUCUUGUUUGGGUACUUCCAUCAGUGGAGCUAUUUGGACAAACAAAAUGCAUGGGGUCAUAUUGACCAAGAUGCAAGAGAUGAAUAUAGCCAACGCCACAGAAUUGGCUUUGUCAGCGUACAAUGCACCGUUUGAGUUCAUUGUGGAAAACCAGUGGGGUUCGCCAGCAAGAAUUGCAGUAGUUACAGCAUAUGCUCACGUUCAAAGAUAUCUAUGCAUUGCUGGGUUAGUUCUUUGUUUCCCGUUGAUUAUGAUUACGUUUUUGUUAAGAGACCACAGACUAGACUCGGUACAAUCCUUGGAAAUGGAUCAUGAUCAUGAAAAAGGAGUUGUCAGAGACGGCAGAGUUGUGGUGAACAACUACGACGAUGAUAUCUUGGUGAACAAGUUGAAAUCUAUUUUCAACAUUGGAAAACGAUAA